UUCUCUCAAACUACGCAAACUAAACAGAGCGGAAGUGAAUUCAACCAGCCGAAUGCGAUGCGAGUUGAGAAGUGAACAGCUCUCAUAGCUUCAGAAUUUUCUUCUCUUUGUUAUUUAGCGUCUUAACAACAUUCCUCCUGCUUGUGGAUGAACUGGAUUUCUGUCUGGGAUUGGCUGAUAUGCAGCUCUUCGGAGAAAAACGCUUUUCCUUGUACUUAGUUCAACUUCUUACUAGAAGGGCACUCUAAGGGUUCCGAUGAUGUCAAGCAAGAAAUCAAAGAAGAAGAAACACAGAAAGGAGGAAAUAAUCCCAUCAAACUCUUCUCGUGACAGUGAGAAGAAGGAGAGUGACACAAAGAUAUUCAGCAGCCCAAAAAGAAAACACAAGCAUCAUUUUCGGCAUGUAAGUUCUGACAAAGACAGAGCUAAAGAGAGGAGGGCCACUGACUCAACAUCAACAAGUGGAUUUGAAGGAGGAUUCAAGAAAGCAAAAGUUAGAGACAGCAAGAGCAGGGAAGAAAGAUCCCGAGAAAGCCAAAAAACAGAGAAAUCCAGGCCAGUUUUCAGGUCACCUGUCACACAUGAGAAGGAGCAAGUGAAUUAUAAAGGGAAGCAUGAAAAAGCAAGUCCCCAUAUGUCAGGGAAAAGCUCCAGCAGGCAUGCUGCAACAAACCAGCCUUCUUCAAAGGAGUUGGAGAAAAAGAGACAGGAGCUGGUAUCGAGGAGAUCCACAGCAGAGUAUCUCAAGCGGACACCUGCAAAGGAUGAUUGUUCCCCUGAGAAACCAAAAGAGAAAAGGAGGAAACUCAUGAAAAGGCCGUUGCCACCAGAGCUUCAUGCUGAACCCAAACAAAGAGACAUCAGAAACAUGACCAAUGCUGCACAUGCAGAAUCUCAUUCUGAAGUUCAAAAGGAAACGAGGAAGACAUUGGUGGCCAGGAGGGCCAAGAAGAUUGACCAUAAUGUUGGUGCACAGAGUUCUCAAGGCAACUCCAAAGAAGCUUUGCCAGCAGUGAAACAUGCAGGCUCUAAACUGAAAUUACCAGAAGAUAUUUCACCCAAGAAGCUAGACCAUGUACAGUUGGGUAAUGUCCCUGGUGUAACCUUAGGAGAAAAAAGGCCAUCCCUUGUUGGUCCAACAGCAAAUGUCAGUUUCAAGAUCCCAAAGAAGGUCACUGCUGUUAAAGCUUGGACAAACACGGAUGUGUGUAAUGUCAAUUCUUCAAAUAGCAGGACUCAAAGAACCGCUCAGCCAUCUUUCCCUGAUUCUACUCCAUCUAAACACAAAUUUCUCAUCUCACACCAGGAAGGACAGAGGCUUCAAGAGGUUUCUGCUCAAACCUCUCAUAAACCCUCUUCUCUUAGCUUGUCACAUCUUUCAUCUAUAACUCACAGCAGACCAGUCCAGCAGACACAUAUCGACAAAACAAGAGAGGUCACAACGCCAAGCAGUACUUCCUGCAAGGUACAACGUGUAACUCUCCAGGAGGCUGCAGAGACCCUUGACUGCGACCACGAGAUGGAGCUGGUGGAGGAGCUUCAUCUGGCACGCUCUGAGAGGCGACUGGAGGUGAACUUGAUAGAGAACUGCGGAGAGCUCACCUGCAUGGACAUUGACCCUACGGAAGAGGGUGCCGGCACAAUGCUAAAUCAACAUAAACAGGCCCUGCUUAUUGUUCUGGAUACCAAUGUGUUGCUCAGCCACCUGGAGUUUGUGAAGAAGAUAAGGUCACAUGGUCUCGGUGGGCUGGGGUUCCCCACUUUGCUGAUCCCAUGGGUGGUGCUGCAGGAGUUGGACUAUCUAAAGAGUGGUAAACUCUCCAGCAAAGUGGAAUACAAAGCCAGGCCAGCUGUCCACUACAUUUACAGCUGCCUAAAAAAUCAGGAACCCAGACUUGUGGGCCAGUCAAUGCAGCAGGCUUCUCAAGCUGUUGGUGGGCCUGGUGUUGUGAAUAAUGAUGACAGAGUGCUAGAGUGCUGUCUGCAGUACCAGGCUCUGUACCCAGAGGGAGCACUAGUUCUUUGCACCGAUGAUAAGAACUUGUGCAGCAAGGCUCUGCUCAGUGGGGUGAAGGCCUUAAGUAAGGCAGACUUGGCAAAAGAAGUGGAGGGAACCAGAUCUACAAUUCUAAAUUACAUUCAUGCUCAACCCGCUGUGCCGCCCCCAGCUCAACCCGUAGAGAAAGAGGAGAAAGGAUCACAAAAGAAUAAAUGCAGUGAUGAAGCAGAGGAGCGACAGUUGAGUGAGUAUGUUUCUUUGUUGGAGUCCUGCCUCCAGGGGGCGCUGUCAGAGGUGCUGGUGGAAGAGAUGAAGGCGGCUUAUGGAGAACUGUGGACUGAGAUAGUGUAUGUGAAGCCUCCGUGGAAUCUGGAGGGGCUGCUCAAGUGUUUUAAGAAGCACUGGAUAGCUGUGUUCGGAAGCAUUAUUAAGAGGAGCCUGCUCAGCUGUGUGGAGAUGCUGAGUGACUGUCUCUGUUCAGACAGGUCCAUAGAGCACAGAUCUGCUCUCAGUGCUGUGAGAUUGGCUGCAGAGCUGCUGUCGGCACUGGUUGGCAGAUCUCAGUACAAUGGUCAUGUAGCUCAAGCUCUCUCUACACUUCAUAUGCUAAAGGAAAGACUACAGUCUCCGAAAGCACCAGCAGAGGGUGAUGACACUGAUAAUGAGGACUCUCUGAUGGCAGAGAUAGAGGAGGAUGUAGCUCCGCCUCCUCAGACAUCACAUCAGAAUGUUUGGCCGUUAUUUGAGAGCAUCUGGAACAAUGUGUGUCAGAUUAGUUCGGCUUUGUUCUCAGCACUCCACUACACUCCAGGAGCCACUGAGCCCAGCCAGCGAUCUACCUCAACCCCACCUCAGGAAGCCCUCUCCUGCCUACAUAGGCUCUCCACUGCACUGAAACAGCUACUGGAGGCUCUUCAGAGGCUGUUAUCAGCGGAAGGCAGUGUUCAAGAUGCACAGUCACUUCUCUCCUUCAUUCAGACCAGUGAGAUUGCUGCUAUGGAGCCACGUUUCACUGCCAGGGACCUGUUUGAUUGCGUGUCUCAACAGGAAUACCGGGAGAAGCUGUGUGUGGGUGGUGCGCAGCUGUCUGAGCUGUGUGCGAAUCUAGAUCACUGUGCUGCUGCUCUGAGCUCUUGGUCCUGAUUUACCACCUGACUUUCCAUGUUUGGACCCAGCCAACUGUCUACUUACUAUCUGACCAGACUCCUUCGGACCCCGACCUGGUUUGGAUAGCAGAGUCACUGAUCCUCUGUCCUUGUACCAACCUGCAGCAGAGUCAGUGGGUGUCAGUCAUAUGACCCCAAUUUAUUAUGCAAAAGCAUCAAGGGCUGUUAGUCUAUAUAACAGAAGUUAGACUGUGUUCUAGUUCUUAUGUUUUAGUUCUAAACUUUGAUAUGUUUUUUAAUUAUGUUAAAUUAUUUGGAUUAUUUAUUCAUCUUACUUUAUAAGUAAUGUGCCCCAUUUCGGGAAAACACACUGUUUUAGUGAUGAUUUAAAAAUUGUUAUGGGUUUGUUGGUGUUUUGGGGUUUUAAACUGAAGAAUGUAGAAUUUGAUUUCUGCUGUACCACUUGAAAUCCUUCUGAUGUCCAGGAGCUGUUGUGGUAACAGGUUAUUAUGUGUUCAGAAACAGAAGUAUUACUUCAUGACACUGUCUCACACGACAUUCCGUGCUGCGAGGCUUUCAGUAAGUAGUGAGUGUGACAGUGAGUCAUGUGUUAAAAGCCAAUUUUCUUAGGCGCCAGUCUAGCUGCCCUUCUGGAAACUAUCACUCCACUCAUUUGUUCCAUGAUUCUAAGAAGGUACAUUAAGUUAAUUAUGACACUUAAACUGUUAGGUCUGAUAAGCUGCUGUGAUUUCUUAUUCUUAGUUCUGUCGCUGCAUAUGAAAUACCAGCACCAACAUGAUCCUCAGUCAUUUACGACAGAUUAUUAUUAUUUAUUUCUUUUUUGUUCUUUGAUUUCAUGUGGAAUGGUAUUUAUGCAUA